AUGGAUAAUAUUGUUAAGCUACUUACGGAAAAAAAACAACUAUCGUUGUGCGAAUAUGUGAAGCGCAUAGGUCCAGAGAAUUUCACACAUUGUGACCCAACCCAUUUGGAAAAUUUUCUAAACAAAUUGAGAGAAAUACAAAAUGCAGAAAAUGAAAAAGGAGAGAAAGAGGAGGGGGAAGAUUAUGUGGUGGAAGCGCCUCCACUCAUCAACAUCAGUAGCAUCCACGAGUGUAAUGAAGAGCCACCCAAUGGGAGCAUAUUUAUCGACACAUAUAAAAAAGCAGACUUAAUGAACGAAUUAAAACAUAUAGGUCUGGAAAUUAUUAAACAGAGUGAAGUCGCCGUUGUGAUCUUAGCUGGUGGUAUGGGGUCCCGACUUGGCUUCAGGAAACCAAAGGGGUUACUAGAAAUUACUCCAGUUCUGAAGAAGACAUUUUUCCAGUUUUAUUUUGAGCAAGUAAAAUUUUUAGAAGAGUACACUGCAGCAGUUGACACGAUUAAGGGAAUCCAUGAUGAUCAUGCCAAUGGGAAAAGGAACGUGGGCCGUGCUAACCGCUCAUGUGCAAGAGGGGAGGAGGACCCGUCCCCCAAAAGUGGCACCUCUAACGAAACGAACAUCUACGUGUACGUAAUGACAUCCCAGUAUACACACGACGAAACGGUUCACUUUUUGGAAGAGAACAAAUUUUUUGGAUUAAAAAAGGAAAAUAUAAAAUUUUUUAAGCAGAGUAAUAAUUAUGCCACCGAUUUUAACUACAAUAUUGUGCUGUCCAAUCAAAAUACCUUCCUGACAUCCCCCGGGGGAAAUGGAGACCUCUUUAGUGCCCUCAACAAAAACGAAAUAAUUGAAGAUAUGGUCCAAAAACAUAUAAAAUAUAUACAAGUUGUAAGUAUUGAUAAUGUGUUAAAUAAAAUAUCGGACCCUGUGUUAAUUGGUUUUUGUUCCUUUUUCAAUUGCGACGUUGCUAAUAAGGCGGUUAAAAUGGAGGAUGUAGGAUCCAUGGGCAUCUUUUGCUUAAAGACAGAAGGAAAAAAACAGCCAAAGGAUAAGGACGUCAAAAAUGAAUUCUCCGUUUGUGAAUACACAGAAGUGAACGAAUACAUAUUGAACAACCCAGAGCUCUUUACAUAUGGUAAUAUUUGUCACCACAUUUUUUCACUACCUUUUUUACAACAGAUUGUAAAAGGUAAACUUUACAACAAUAUGAAGAUGCAUAGAAUAGUGCGGAAGAAGGAGUGCUACAAUUUUGGGGCGGAUAAAAAUGGGGAAGACAAGCCCUUGGUAACUUCCUCCCCCUUGUACUGCUACGAAUAUUUUAUAUUUGAUGUUUUUAAAUAUGCCAAAAGGAUUUUAUCUUUAGAAGUUUCCAGAGAAAAUGAAUUUUAUCCAAUAAAAAGUAACGACAAUGGAAUGGCUAUUCUAAAUGCACAAAAAAAAUUAAGUAAAAUGCAUAGAUCGUGGCUUGAAAAUAUGAAAUUCACCAUAGUUCCUAACCCUGUGGAAAAUCUCAAUUGGUGCGAAAUUUCUCCUCUUGUGUCUUACGAUGGAACUUUUUUUUUUCACUUGCCUGCACAGAAAAAUGUGCAUCUGCCCUUUGCUCUCGAUUCGGCUUCAUCCUCAUAA